ACCUAGUACCAUAGACCCGUCUUGGUAUUACGAAUAAUGAUAAACGCAACGGAUUUUACCGGAAAAUAAUGCUUAUUUAGAUUAAUAGUAUUUCAUACUAGUUCAAUUAUACAAAACGAAUCAACAACGAUGAGCCAACAGUCGGACCAGCUUAUUAUUGUGCUUCACUUGCUGGACGCCAUCAACUUCCAUCGGCCGAAAAACACUCCCAUAGUUCUUAGUGCCUCCCUCGACAAAAAUGUGCUCGAAACGGGUAGCCGUCUUCCGGGAAUAGCUUCCACCAGCUUCGACAGCAAUCUUGUGUGGGAAACGGACCGCGGCUCGGUGAAGCGCAUGAAAAUGGAGAAUCUUCCUAUCCGAAUCGAGUGUUAUUCGGUUAGUCAGACCAACUCCGAACAGGUACGCACUCUGGUUGGAUGUGUGCUGCUUCCGCUGCGAUCGGUUCCGCUGCUACCGUCGACAAAAUCACAAACGUUGAAGGCUCGCUGGCACCGAGUAAUUGGGCUGCAUAGUCAGGAGUGGAAAAGCCUGAAACCGGAGAUCCAGCUGAUGGUCAUGAUAACCGAUAAGCACUAUUUGUUAGCAGGAAAGCAAGAUGAUAGGAAGCAGGAGAAUCGGAACGAAGCGGAUCAAAGUGUGGUUAUUUUUACAAAUCCGGCCCCCUCGCAGCUGGGAAUGGGCGCGGAUUUACCCAUCCGUUUGCUAGAGGAUCGUGGAUUGCUUCAGGUUGGAUGCUACGAACAGGAAUGUGAUAUCUUUUUAGUGAAGAUUGUGUUGAAAUAUGCCAAGCGGAUGCAAAUGCUGGUUCCCGUAGAGAAUCAGUCAGUGGCGUCGGCAGGGAAGUUUGCGAUAAGAUACGACUUACUGGGCGAUACCUAUCCAUGUAUGCUGGAGAAGAGGUCGAAUGAAUUAUAUCUUAUACAAGAAAAAAUUGUCAUUAACCUUAGAACUUCGUUACAUUCGUUGAGGAGAUAUUUUGAGAAGGUCUUUUUGAUUCGAUUAGAAGUUUUAUACGAAGAUAAAAUCGUUGGUCGUGUACGACUUCGAUUUGGAGAGUUAAUUGUAGAAGAGCGUUUGAAUGAUUUUUUAUCAAAACACAGCGUAAAAUCUAAUACAAUGGAUGUGGAGAAGUAUUAUCAAAUCGAGCCAACCUCUGAUAAAUAUGAGGAAAACGACAUUCCGGACGCAAUAUCCGAUGGUUCCUCUUUGAUUACACCCGCCGUAAAGUGCAAAUUCAGUCUUAAGUACCUCUCUACUGAUCGUGGGCACAUUCCAGAUUCUAUCAGCAAGGCAACAAAACCAGUGCCUGAAACUGAGCCCUCGGAAGACAAGCCAGCACUUGAGCUGGAAAUCCCUCAAAUAGCUUCAAUAAAUUUGAACGAAACCCGUUCAAUCCAUCCGCCAUCAUCCAUUCAGCUGGAAAGAAACGACAUUGAGACGAUACUGUACUGUGAAAGCCGUGAUCUGCGGGAUGUUCCCCGUACUUUCAGUUACAAUCUGCUUCUCCAAAGCGUUCGUUUCAACGUUCGUCCUUCCACUGGGAUGUGGCAGCUUUCUCUACACCAUCCAAGAGCGGACACUCCACUAACCAAAGUGACACUCGAGCUCACAACGAUCGAAUCGGAAACAUUAGAAUUUUCGAAUCUACAACUGAGAUUAUACUUUUCGUCCCUGACCGACCUCGUGCUCGAAACAAUUACUGCCGAAAGCUCCAAACUAACGUUGCACGGUCCCCAUGAUCUGUACGGGUUUGCUCGGCUGGACAAUCAGAGUCUCGUGGUGGGAACCAAAGAAAAACAAGCAGGAGUAGCGAUACUGGAGAACCAAAACGGCGAAAGCAUUGGAAUGGCAACAAUCUUUUGCUUCCUCGACGAAGUUGGAAUCAACUAUAAUAGUCGAGAUCCGGUGGCCGAAGCUCCGGUUUCGGCCACUCCGAGGGCCCAGUUGGAUGAUCAAAUCUCAUACCGAAUGCUCGAGGAGCAAAAGCAGUGGAUGAUAAAGCAAAGGGAGGCUUUCAUUGAGGAGCUGAAGCAGAAAAAAUCUGCCCAUUUAAUGAAGCUUUCCAAUGAAUGGAAAAAACGACGGGCGAAAGAAAGUGCUGAAAUAAACGAAAAAAUGGAACACGUAUCAGCACUAACACGCGCGCUAGAAGAGACCAGGAAAAGCCUAACGUUUCAGAGCACUCAGCUGGUGGACCAAAACAAGGCCGUGGAAGAGAUGAAGACAAAACUGGAAAUAUCGUACCAGCGUACGUUGUCAGAUAUACGGGAAAAAGCGACCCGUCUCGAAGAGGAUUUGAACCAUAGGUCGAAACUUCAAACACUGCGAUGUGAGGAACUGGAGCGAAAGAACGAUUCUCUCACUCGUGACAACGAUCAGCUGAAACGUGUCAAUGAACGGUUGGAGGGUGAACUAGCCAUCGCUAGGAGGGAGGCGGAGCACUGUAUCGACCUACGGAAGCAGAUCGAUACACUUGAACAGAGGCUGCGGGAAACGGAACAGUCGAAGCUAUUCUACAAACAACAAUGGGCCAAGAUGGUUCGAGAAUUGAACAAGAUGAAGCAGGAAAACGAGGAGCAGUUGAGUGAUGCGUUGCGUGGGAAAGAUCGACGGAAGCAAAUUUUCCACUGGGAUGACGAACCGAGCCCUUGCUGCAUUCAAACUUCCGAUGAAGACUUGAAGAAAAUUCAUCGAUUGAUUUUCGAAGAGCAAUGUAGACAGCAGCAUCAGAGUUACUCGGCUGAUCAUUGCUGUUGAUUAUAUUGAAGAACCACUAACUUACUGCCACAACGCAUAAAGACUGUUAUUUAUUUAUUGAUUAUUUUUAAAGGUGCUGUUUUACACGCAUGCUGAAACGUACAAUAAAUACAUUUUUACUCUUCAA